CCAGUCCUCAAACCAUCCCGUCUCAUCGAGAUACACUUCGCUCAGCUGAGCACCACUAUAUUCACGAUGCUUUCGCGACACGCGCCUUCUCCUAAGGCCGUAUCCGCUCUCUCAACCCGCAUCCUCCCUACGACAGCUGGUGGUGCUGCUCGAUUACCAAGCUCCGUUUCUCCCGCACAGCAAAGGCGCGGGCUGGCCACAGUACAGGAUGCUCCCCCGCCAAAGCGCACAUAUGGUGGAUUAAGGGACCAGGACCGGAUCUUCCAGAACCUAUACGGGCACCACGGGGCAGACUUGAAGAGUGCCAAGAAGUAUGGAGACUGGUACAAGACGAAGGAAAUCCUGCUCAAGGGCCACGACUGGAUUAUCUCCGAGAUCAAAGCUUCUGGUCUGCGAGGACGUGGUGGCGCUGGAUUUCCUUCCGGAAUGAAAUGGUCGUUCAUGAACUUCAAGGACUGGGAUAAGGACAACAAGCCCAGAUAUCUGGUUGUCAACGCUGAUGAGGGUGAACCGGGAACAUGCAAGGACCGCGAAAUUAUGCGAAAGGACCCCCACAAGCUCAUCGAAGGAUGCCUGGUUGCUGGACGAGCAAUGAACUGCACAGCUGCUUACAUCUACAUCCGUGGCGAGUUCUAUCAUGAGGCCGCGGUCGUGCAACGUGCAAUUCAGGAGGCAUACCAAGAUGGUUUGAUCGGAAAGAACGCCUGCGGAAGUGGCUACGAUUUCGACGUCUACAUCCACCGCGGAAUGGGAGCCUAUGUCUGUGGCGAGGAGACCUCCCUUAUCGAAUCUCUGGAAGGCAAGCCUGGCAAGCCUCGUCUAAAGCCCCCGUUCCCCGCUGCGGUCGGUCUCUUUGGAUGCCCAUCAACAGUCGCCAAUGUCGAGACUAUUGCAGUUGCACCAACGAUCUGCAGACGAGGAGGAUCAUGGUUUGCCAGCUUUGGACGUGAGAGAAAUCAUGGAACCAAGCUCUUCUGUAUCUCGGGUCAUGUCAACAACCCAUGUACCGUCGAAGAAGAGAUGAGCAUUCCUCUUCGUGAGCUGAUCGAAAAGCACUGUGGCGGCGUCCGCGGAGGAUGGGAUAACCUCAAGGCUAUUAUUCCAGGAGGAUCAUCCACACCAAUCUUACCGAAGAGCAUUUGCGACGACCAAAUCAUGGACUUCGAUGCGUUGAAGGACAGCCAAUCUGGUCUCGGUACUGCGGCCGUCAUUGUCAUGGACAAGAGCGCCGAUGUCGUUCGUGCUAUCUCAAGACUGUCCCACUUCUACCGACACGAGUCCUGCGGUCAGUGCACCCCCUGCAGAGAGGGUAGCAAAUGGACACAGCAGAUGAUGUCGAGAUUCGAGAAGGGACAAGGAAAAGCACGGGAAAUCGAUAUGCUGCAAGAGCUCACAAAGCAAGUUGAAGGUCACACUAUCUGCGCUCUUGGUGAAGCUUUCGCAUGGCCCAUCCAGGGUCUUAUCAGACAUUUCCGACCCGAACUGGAGGCCCGGAUGCAAUCGUACGCCGAGGCAACCGGAGGUACGCCAUUGGCUGGUGGAUGGGAUCACGACGCCUUGCGCCAGGGAAAGCUGGUUGCACCUGGACAGUAGAAGACUUGGGGAAGACUGUAGAUUGUUGAUAGGGGGCUAUUCCUAUUGUAUUUAUUGUUUUCAAGAUGGUCCGGUCAAUUUACAGGUGUCAUAGCAGAGCAAAAGACUUGAAUACACUCGGUCCAAGAACGCAUCUCCUUGUGAAGAAUGGCUGAAUGAGUAGAUGUUGAAAGGCUGGGAGUGGUUACCCCCUGUAAUAGCUUGAGCUAAAGACCAUAAGCGAAUUUGAAGCUGUCUGAGGUUGCUUGCUUCUCUUUGCUAUCAACCCUUCAUCUCCC